UCAAGCUCAACUUGCAGGUGGCUGCAGACAGGACAGACAGACUGAGAAGCUGUGUAUCUGCAAUGAAUCGGUGUGGAAAGAUGAUGGAGGGAAACACUCCUCCUGAAAUCCUCCACUCUGGGAAACCUGGCAGCAAGAUAAGUGCUCAAAGCCCAGAGCAGCAGCAGGAGCAGCAGAGACCAGACUCUCCUGCACCCAGCUGUGUGUCCAUGAAGAGUGACCGGUCAAAGCUGAUAAAUGUGGACUUUAAAUCUGAACAAACAGAAGCGGAAAUUAAAAGCCCAGAGCAGCAGCAGAGACCAGACUCUCCCGACUGUGUUUCCAUGAAGAGUGACGACUCGAUGGGUCGCAAUGAGGAAUUUAAAACUGAAAACUCAGAUGGAGGAAAACCAGAAAUGAAAAGACAUGUGCAGGAGAUCUCAGAGGUGUCACAUGAUUCAUCUGCACCACAAUGUCAACCAGACCUGAGCUUGAUAUUUAUGAGGUUAGAAGAAAAUAUUAUCUCCUUUGUGAAAAAUGAGCUGAAGAGUUGUCAGAGAGUAAUGAGAGCAGAUUACCCAGAAUGCUUAGAAAAGAAGUUUGAGGAUGAGGAGGUGAUGGAUAGUGAGACGGAAGAGCAGAUGAAGGAUAGCAGAGAGGCAUUCAUGAAGAUCGUGCGGGACUUCCUGAGGACAAUGAGGGACGAUGACAUAGCUGAUUGUCUGCAGACCCGAGCUCAAGGAGCAGUGUGUCGACGUCAACUCAAGUCUAAUCUGAAGAAGAGGUUCCAGUGUGUGUUUGAGGGGAUUGCUAAAGCUGGAAACUCAACCCUACUGAAUCAGAUCUACACAGAGCUCUACAUCACAGAGGGAGAGACUGCAGAGGUCAAUAAUGAACAUGAAGUCAGGCACAUAGAAGUGGCGUCAAGGAAGUCAAACAGACCAGAAACAAGCAUCAGACAAGAAGACCUCUUUAAAGCCUCACCUGGAAGACAUGGACCAAUCAGAAGAGUGAUGACAAAGGGAGUGGCUGGCAUUGGGAAAACAGUCUUAACACAGAAGUUCACUCUGGACUGGGCUGAAGACAAAGCCAACCAGGACAUCCUCUUCAUAUUUCCAUUGACCUUCAGAGAGCUGAAUGUGGUGAAAGAGAGAAAGUUCAGCUUGGUGGAACUUGUUCAUCACUUCUUUACUGAAACCAAAGAAGCAGGAAUCUGCAGCUUUGAAGACUUCCAGGUUGUGUUCAUCUUUGACGGUCUGGAUGAGUGUCGACUUCCUCUGGACUUUCAAAAGACUGAGAUCCUGACUGAUGUUACAGAGUCCACCUCAGUGGAUGUGCUGCUGACAAACCUCAUCAGGGGGAAACUGCUUCCCUCUGCUCACCUCUGGAUAACCACACGACCUGCAGCAGCCAAUCAGAUCCCUCCUGAGUGUGUUGACAUGGUGACAGAGGUCAGAGGGUUUACUGACCCUCAGAAGGAGGAGUACUUCAGGAAGAGGUUCAGAGAUGAGGAGCAGGCCAGCAGGAUCAUCUCCCACAUCAUGACAUCACGAAGCCUUCACAUCAUGUGUCACAUCCCAGUCUUCUGCUGGAUCACUGCUACAGUUCUGGAGGAUGUGUUGGCAACCAGAGAGGGAGGAGAGCUGCCCAAGACCCUGACUGAGAUGUACAUCCACUUCCUGGUGGUUCAGGCCAAAGUCAAGAAGGUCAAAUAUGAUGGAGGAGCUGAGACAGAUCCACACUGGAGUCCAGAGAACAAGAAGAUGAUUAAGUCUCUGGGAAAACUGGCUUUUGAUCAGCUGCAGAAAGGAAACCUGAUCUUCUAUGAAUCAGACCUGACAGAGUGUGGCAUCGAUAUCAGAGCAGCUUCAAUGUGCUCAGGAGUGUUCACACAGAUCUUUAAAGAGGAGAGAGGCCUGUACCAGGACAAGGUGUUCUGCUUCGUCCAUCUGAGUGUUCAGGAGUUUCUGGCUGCUCUUCAUGUUCAUCUGACCUUCACUAAUGCUGGUGUCAAUCCGCUUUCAGAUCAGAAAUCUUUUCAGAAGGAAUCUACACUGACAGACCUUCACAAAUGUGCUGUAGACCAGGCCUUGCAGAGUCCAAAUGGACACCUGGACUUAUUCGUCCGCUUCCUCCUGGGUUUUUCCCUGCCGACAAAUCAGACUCUUCUACGAGGCCUACUGACACAGACAGGAAGUAGGGAAGAACAGAAAAAAACUGCCGACUACAUCAAGAAGGUGAUAAGGGAGAAUUCCAGUCCAGAGAAAAGCAUCAAUUUGUUCCACUGCUUGAGCGAGCUGAGGAACUGGUCUAUAGUGGCAGACAUACAACAACACUUGAGAUCAGGAAGUCUCUCCUCGAACAGACUCUCUCCUGAUCAGUGGUCGGCUCUGGUCUACAUCAUACAGUCCUCAGAAGAUGAUUUGAAUGUGUUUGACCUGAAGAAAUACUGUGCUUCAGAGAAAGCACUUCUGGGGCUGCUGCCAUUGCUCAAAGCCUCCACUAAAGCACUGUUGAAUGGCUGUAAUCUUUCACCGAGAAGCUGUGACACUCUAGCUUCAGUUCUCAAGUCCCAGGCUUCAAAUGUGAAAGAGUUGGACCUGAGUAACAAUGACCUGCAGGAUUCAGGCGUGGACUAUCUCUGUGCUGCGCUGAAAAGUCCACAUUGUAAACUGGAGAAACUCAGGCUGACAAGCUGUAACCUGUCAGAGAGAAGCUGUGAACAUUUGGCUUCAGUUCUGAGCUCCCAAUCCUCAUGUUUGAAAGAGUUGGACCUGAGUAACAACGACCUGCAGGAUUCAGGAGUGAAGCUUCUCUGUGUUGGACUGGGGAGUCUGUGCUGUACUCUGGAAACACUCAGAAUGUCUGGCUGUCUGAUCACAAAGGAUGGCUGUGCUUCUUUGGCCUCAGCCCUCAGUUCCAACCCCGUCCAUCUGCGAGAGUUGGACCUGAGCUUCAACCAUCCAGAAGACUCAGGAAAGGAGCUUUCUGCUGGACUGAAAGAUCAACACUGUAAACUGGACACUCUCAGGAUGGACAACUGUGGAGUGCAGAGGCUAAUACCUGGCAUCAGGAAGUAUGCCUGUGAAGUCUCACUGGACCCAAACACAGCACACAGAAACCUCUAUCUGACUGAGGACAACAGGAGGGUGAUAAGUAGAGAGCCGCAGUCACAUCCUGAUCACCCAGAGAGGUUUGACUUUUGGCCUCAGGUGCUGUGUACAGAAGCUUUGAGUGAUCGCUCCUACUGGGAAGUGGAGUGUAGAGGUGAUGUUCAUGUUGCAGUGACUUACAGAAGAAUCAGGAGGAAAGGAGACGGGAAUGAGUGCAAGCUUGGAGGGAAUGAUCAGUCCUGGAGUCUGCACUGCUUGGAUAAUUUUUACUCCUUUCACCAUAAUAAUGAAAAAAUCAAUGCUCCACUCUGCUCCUACUCGGUGUCUCACAGAAUAGCAGUGUAUCUGGACUGUCCUGCUGGCAUGUUGUCCUUCUACAAAGUCACCCAUGAUGACCUCGUCCCCCUCCACACCUUUUACUGCACAUUCUCUGAACCUCUCCAUCCUGCAUUCAGUCUUAGCUUUAGUUGUUCGUCUACGUCUGGGCCUGGUCUGACGUCUCGAACCUUUAUCUCUCUGUGCUCUCUGUAGGAGAGAAAAUACUGUUAAAAGGGUGUUUUUCUUGCCACACCGUUGCCUUUAGGCAAACGGAGGUUUCAGGAUGUUUCUUGUAAAGCGCAUUGAGACAAUUUGUAUUAUUAUUGAUGCGAUAUAAAUAAAAUUGUUUGUUUGUUUGAAUUGAAA